CCAUGAGAGAUAAAGUCUCCAAGACGACUUCAAGACAUAAGGUGCUGCAGUGAUGGGUUGGUUGGCUGCGCUGUGUCUCGUGCUCCUGCAGACUGGGGCUCAUGCAUUUGAUAUUUUUGAUGGAGACUCUCUGAAUCAUCAGGAGAUCACUGAGAGGGCCAUCCUUGAAACCACGCUGGGUGUUUGCCGUGAUGUGGCUCUGGCUGCAGGCAAAAAGUUCACAUCACCAACACAGCCUUACACUGCUGAGUCUGUUGCUCGUGCCUGUGAUGCGUCAAAAUCCUCCAAGAGUUUCAGCCAAACCAUCGAGUUUAUCCAAGACAAAAAUGUGGGUAUAGACAAGCGGUAUUUCUACAGCGCCCGUCAUCACUUCGACAACGAGGAAUUCACGAAGGGAAAGAAACUCAUCACGAACGGAUUAUCAGCUGUCAAGGCCAACAAUAAGCUCCAGAACUUUGAAGCGGCGAGGAAAAAUGUGGGAAGACUGCUGCAUUCUUUACAGGAUUUCUACAGUCACAGCAACUGGGUGGAAAUGGGAGAAACAAAUCCAAACUCCAAGCUGAUCAAACCAGGAAGCAUCGGAAAAACAGCAGCAAAAAGCAGAGCAACCUGUCGCAGCUGCAACGGAGACGACUGCAGGAACAACAUUCUGGAGGACAUCCUGCGUGAAAAGAUACUCACCACAGGAUAUUUUGAAUUUUUGCCUGGAUUCUCCAAACCUAAUGGAAAAUGCAGCCAUGGAGGUGGAUUUGACAGAACAAGCAGCACUGAUCCUACGGGUGGGAUCAACAAAGACACGACUGAUUCUGAACACGGACAUCUCCACUUUAAAGCAGCAAACAUGGCCAUCGCUGCGACCAGGCAGGUGCUGGAGGACAUUCGUCGGGCUGCCAGUGACGCCACAUUCCUACAGCUGAUGGGAAUCAACAAAGGGAAAGCUCUUUGUUUUGUGAUCGACACCACGGGAAGCAUGAGGGAUGACAUUGCGGCAGUGAGGACCGUCACAAGCGUUAUAAUCAACAGCAGAGUGGGGACAGAGGACGAGCCCUCGGCUUACAUUCUCGUACCGUUCAAUGAUCCAGCCUUUGGGCCCCUGACGAGGACUACAGAUCCAGAGGUCUUCAAGAGAGCUAUCAAUUCACUUACUGCAACUGGUGGAGGAGAUUUUCCAGAAAUGAGUCUUUCAGGACUUCGGCUGGCUUUAACCGGUGCUCCUCCAGGGUCUGAUAUCUUCCUCUUCACUGAUGCAACUGCUAAAGACGAUUACCUGUUGGGUGCAGUGAUCACACUCGUAGAACGAACCAAAUCAGUGGUGAACUUCAUGAUAACUGGCAGUCUGGGAUUUCGUCGCCGAAGAGAGAGUAAUAAUACCAACGAUCAACAACAACAACAACAACCCAAAGCGAUAACAAAAGCAUCUUCCAAGGUGUACACGGACCUGGCGCAGGCUUCGGGAGGUGUGGCUAUACAGACCACAAAAAGUCAGCUGCUCGCGGCCACCACCAUCGUAACAGGGUCCUCCAGCUCUGCUCAGGUCCUCCUUCUGCAAGCGGCCAGGAAUCCUGGAAAAUCCGACAAUUUCACUUUCACAGUGGACGAGUCGGUAAAAAACCUCACCAUCUACAUCAAUGGGCGCUCAGUCGCCUUUACUCUCAUCAGUCCCUCAGAUGUGUCUCAGAGCAGCACUAACCUGACGGGACCUUUGAUCAGUUCAACCCAGUCAGUGGGAAACUUCCAGACUCUGGAGCUGACAACACAAGUGGGACUGUGGGAAAUAAGAUUAGUGUCAACAAAUCCCUACACGCUGAAGGUCAAAGGUGAGAGUUCCAUCGACUUCCUCUCUGACUUUUUGGAGGUGUCCGAGGGCCCAUUGGGAGGUUUUGAAGUCCUGGAAAAUCGCCCCAGAGCUGGUGCUAACGCCAGCCUGAGGGUGACGGUAACCGGGGAUGUGUCUGCCGUAGUGACAGAAGUGUUUCUGGUGGUAUCGUUAACGUCAGAGAGGGUUAAUGGCAGCGUGGAGGCUCUGGGGAAAGGAAAAUUCUUAGCUCGGUUUGACAAUAUUCCAUCGGGUGAGUUUGUGGUGCUUGUGAAGGGCCAGAGCAGCAACACUUCCUCCAGAGCAACUGAAUCUUUCCAAAGGCAGACAUCCAACUCUAUCCGUGCCUCUGCUGUGACUGUUUCUGCUGAUGAUUUAGAAGGUGUCUUGGAACCAGGAGUACCUCUUUCUGUUCCUUUCUCUGUGUUGAAUAAUGGCUCAGGAGGAAGCUUCACAAUCCAAGCUACCAAUGACCAAGGUUUUACGCUAUCGUUCCCAUCCACUUUACCCCUGACCGCUGGAAGCAGGGCUAAUGGCACGGUGAACAUCACAGCACCUGCUAGCACUGCAUCUGGCACCGACGUCACCCUGACCAUCGAGGCCAAUGCUCCAGGAGGCACGGACGCCAACUAUGUCGUUCUGCGUUUGACUGUCCUCAUCCCGGUGACUGAUUUCACUGAGCCAGGGUGUCAGCUGCUCAACCUGCAGUCCAACUGCUCUGCAAACUGCAGCGCGUCGAUGUGGGAGCUGUCAGUGGUGGUGACCGAUGGGGUGAACGGGACGGGCAUCGACACCAUCAGCUUCAGAGAAGGCAACGGGACCACGAACACCAGCCUGCUCGCUGGUAAUGCAACGCUGGUGUCCUAUAAUGCGUCUUGCUGUUCGCCUGAUGUGGAGAUAGUAGUUGUGGAUCAGGUGGGUAAUGUAGGCUCCUGUUCCUACACGGUCCGGACAACGACACCAACCGUGAACACCACUACAACCACCGCACAGCUGGCAACAACAACAACAACAGCAGCUUCUACACAAGCUGCUGUUACUGUGAACACCACUACAACCACCGCACAGCCGGCAACAACAACAACAACAGCAGCUUCUGCACAAGCGGUUCAGUCUUUUCUCCUUUGCCUCAGCAUCACAAUUCUAGGGCUCAGCUUAACCAUCUGAAACGGGAUCAGUUCAAUCUGUACAUCAAGGAUCAAGAAUCAAAUAUUAAGACAUGCUUUUGGGGUUUUGAAAAUGAGUUGCCAGUUUAUUCUCAGUAUAUACUCAGGAUCUCAGUUUUCUACUGAGAGGUGUUUCUAAAA